UUCUUUCCCUGUCGUCAGUUAUCACACAUGCAUUCACACCAAUCUUCGUUUGAUUUUCCACACCAGCUUGAACGCACCUCUCCUACUCUCUCCACUCAGUGCCUUUCGGCCAAUUAUAUUCCAACAUGUAACCAAGUGGAGGCUCUCAUUCUUGACUAAAGUCAAACAAAUCUUCUUGAGCGACUUGCCUACCUCUUUUUCCCUUGUAUAGGACCAGAUCCUCCACAUCCCUUGUCAUUAGACUUGCAUUACAUACCUCCUUUUCCCUGUCAAAGUCUUUGAUAUCAUUGAAUUCUCUUUUAAGUUCUCAUCUUGCCUCAUUGUAUGACUUUACCCUCGAGAUAUCGCUGCAUACAAGGGAUAACUGUCCAUUGUGUUCUAAGGGAACGGAUACUGCAGAUCCUUGAAUCCUGAUGGCGGAGAUUGUCAGGUCUGCAGUUGUCCAGGAGACAGUUAGCCAAAUCCUCUCUAAUCUGGUUCAAAAUUAUGAGGAGAAAGAGGAAUCAAAUGCAAACAGAAACAUGGAGAGGCUAGAGAUGGCACACAUCAGGCUGGAGGCUGCUCUUGAGACGUCAGAAAAGUGGCAGAUCACUGAUGCGUCCUUGUUGCGUUGGCGCAGGAAGCUGAAGCGGGCUGCCCAAGAGUGUGAUGACACUCUGCAUAAAUGCAAACAGAGGAUCCUAGAAGACGAAGAGACAGAAAAGAGGGUGAGAAAUUCCCCGUUUCCUGUACGUAUAGCACAUACUACUAAGUCAUUUGUUUUCUCCAUCUUUAGCCCCAACAAAGACGAGUCAAACAGUUCCAUUGUUCGAAGAUUUGAGUGGUUUGCAGAUGGUGCUAGUGAGUUUCUGAGAUUAGUAGAGCUUGGUGGCACGCCCUAUUGUCACAUGCCCUUUGACCCUCUUAUCAGGCACCUUCUUACAGGCAAGAAACUGCAGCACAGAAUCAUUCGAGCAAACAAGUGCCCUUUGUUUCUACAGUUGGUUCCCUUUAUUACUGCAGAAUAUCGAGUAGAGGCUAGACUCAUCUUUAUUCAGACAGAUGGUAAUGCAUCGGAGGAUGACUUUUUCCUUUCUAUAAUGCUACAACUUUCAGAGAGUAUAGACAUAGUAGGGACCGCAAUUAAGUGCCUACAACCGUAUGCCCCUCUUUUCAAGUCUACAGUCGAAACCAUUAGAAAAGAACUUGUACAACUAGCUACAGAAGACUUCUCAUGGGUGCCACAUGUUGAUACACACCACAAAGAACAUUGGGACAAUCUUCACAGCUUUGGCACUGAUUGGUUUCGCCCAAACCCAUUAUGUUGCAAGCAGAAUGAUCAGCACAAGCUCUAUCAUGGUAGAAAGUUAAACACGUCAAGAUUACCAGAUGUCUCUUUAGAACCAGUUAUUGAAGUACAUCUGCAGUGCUAUAUCUCACUCUCAGAGUGCAGCCAACAUAGGUCCUUACUGUUUGAUACAAAAAAAUCUCUACAAGAUUCUCCAUAUCUGAAAGUUGGGCUCCUUUUGACGCCCCAUGGAUAUUUAGAAGACAUCCUACUUGUGGGUAGAAGUCAUGCAAUACCGGCAAUCUACAGCAAGGAGCCACAUUGCUUGCAUACAGACUUCACCUUUGGGCAACUUGGAGAGAUCAUGCUGCCAAAGGCAAUAGAUUACUUCUGCAAGAAUGACGAAGCGACAGUCUACCAAAUGCUUUGGAAACCAAAACAUGGCACUGCAUACAUUCAGGUUGAGAAGGCAAGCAUGAGCUCACAGAGAACAAGCAUGAGAACACGGAGAAAUUUUCAGGGACCUAGGAAAGGAAAGAUGUUGCAAUGGCAUGAUCAAGAGAUAGGGAGACAUACAAACACGAUCUUUCAAUUCCUCAACCUGUGGGUUGCACAUGCGCCUGUCCAGCUGCAAGGCUCGAUUGUGGACUGGAUUCAAAAAGAAAAGGAAAGUCAGUUAGCAGCAUCGCAGCUACAUCUGAAAUUCUAAACCAUCUAGCAUGGAUGGAUAAGGGAAAUGAGGAAUACAAUACUGGAAAUGGGAUGUUCUAGGGAACACAUCAAAUAUUUGGAGUUACUAUUCAUAGCUGGGCAUAACUAUGCCAGAAACAUAUGAGUCCCAUGUCGUCAGAGCAAAAUCCUAGCAAGAAGGUUGUGAAGUUACAUCUCAGCAGUCUAUUCUGUUGCCUAGCAAAGUUACAAUUAGAGGUACUAAGUUGUACACUAGGAACUUGUGCAUGUAUAGCCCAUCACUCAUUUUUAGUUUUCGUGUGGUGUCGCUUGUUUCUCGCCAGAUCUCAUUUAUCAAAAUGUAAUUUAUCUUUCAGCAUCUGUAGUUAUUUUUUUCCAUGAUAAUUGUAAGUGGGUGGUUAUGUACCAUGUAUUAUCACCAUUUUAGAGCAAAAUACAAGGAUAAUGCUCUUUUUGUGACUUUAUAUACCUCUCUAUGUAGCUGAUAA